GUCGGCUAUUGCGAUUCGCGGUCAUCCGGCUGGUGAUGUGGUGAAUGUUUUGUUUCUAAAUAAUGAGUAACAAGGUAAAUGCAGAAUCUAUUGGGGCUAAAGGUCACGUGAAAGAAGAAAAUAGAGUUGUACUAACAGAAGAGAAAAGCACCGCAGUGAAUGUCCCAGCUGAGGCAAAGUUGCACAAAGAAAAAAAUGAGUUAGUUAAAGUAGAGGAAAAGUCAGAAAAGAUUGCUGGGGAUAAAAAGAAAGAAACGGCCAAUGAUUUGAAAGACGAAACAAAGAAAACAGCUCAUAUAACAAGUAACGAUGAAAAACCUGCCCCGUCUAAAGCUAAACCGUCUAGGAAACCACAAAUUAAAGAAACGUCAUCAAAAAUUAAAGAAACAUCUUCGAGGGGAAAAUCUACAAAGAAAAUUUCCACUAAUAAGAAAAAAAGGACUGUUCACGAUCAAGAAAUACCUGAUAAAACACAAUCCACUUUAACGCAACAUUUCCAAGUAAGAAGAAGCGAGCGGAAGCUUAAAUCAACUUUAAAAGAGGAAAAACAAAUUGAUUUGGAGAGGAAAAUCUUGUCGGGUGUUGAAGAUCACUUGGAGAUUCGCCUUAUCGAGAGUAAAGGACGUGGUGUAUUCAGCAAAAGGAAAUUAAGUAAAGGAGAUUUUGUUUGCGAAUAUGUCGGUGACUUGGUUGAUGUAAAAGAGGCAAGGUGUAGAGAGGCUGAAUAUGAAAAAGAUCCCAAAUUUGGAUGUUACAUGUAUUUCUUCGAUUACAAAAACAAGAAAUACUGUGUUGACGCCACGAAAGAAUCGGGUAAGAUCGGUCGUCUGCUUAAUCACAGCAAGACUCAGAGUAACGUGUGCACGAAAUUGUUUCCUAUUGGAGAGACUCCUCACCUUAUUCUAGUCGCUUCAAAGGAAAUCGCAUUAGAUGAAGAACUUCUAUACGAUUAUGGGGAUCGUAGCAAAAGUGCUAUCGAGUCACACCCAUGGCUUAAAACUUAAUAAAGUGGUUUAUUUAUUACUUUUUUUGUAAUUUUUCAAUUCAUAUAGCUAGCGCAUCAUUUUUCUCCAUGUGCGAGAACUACAUUUUCUAAUUUUAAUUUGUAAAUAACUACUAACUCUAGUAAAGAGUGUAAUAUUAUUUAUUAUUGCUGCGUUCA